CCACGCCGCGGGUCCGCCGCGCCGCGCCACGAGCCGAGCGGGCCGGGCCGGUGGCGGCCGCCGCGGGGCCCCGAGCUGAGCCCUGACCAGUCGAGCCCAGCCGAGCUCAGCCCAGCCGAGCCGAGCCCAGCCGAGCCGAGCCGGGAGUCCUCGGCUGGGCUGCCGUCUCCAGCCGCCUUCCUGUCACCGGACUGCAGGCGGUAGAGAGGGGCUGCUCUUUUGUUUUUCCUGCCCCUGAAAAAAGAAAAAAAAAAAAAAAGAAAAAAAAAAGGAGGGGGGGAAGGAAGGAAGAAGUGAAGAGAUCCCCUCCGCUUGCCAAAGUCUUUGUCUCCGAAUGAACAGCGAUGGGGGAAUGGACUAUUCUAGAGAGGCUACUGGAAGCUGCCGUGCAGCAGCAUUCUACUAUGAUAGGGAGGAUCCUGCUGACCGUGGUGGUGAUCUUCAGGAUACUCAUUGUGGCCAUUGUAGGGGAGACGGUGUACGAUGACGAGCAAACUAUGUUUGUCUGUAACACGCUGCAGCCAGGCUGCAACCAGGCUUGUUACGACCAGGCUUUCCCCAUUUCUCAUAUAAGGUACUGGGUGUUCCAGAUCAUCAUGGUGUGCACUCCCAGCCUUUGCUUCAUAACGUACUCCGUUCACCAGUCUGCUAAGCAGAGGGAACGGAGGUACUCCACUGUCUUCCUCACUUUGGAGAGGGACCAGGAUUCAAUGAAGCGUGAGGACAGUAAGAAAAUCAAGAACACGAUUGUCAAUGGGGUACUGCAGAACACUGAGAACUCCACCAAAGAGGCAGAACCCGACUGCUUAGAAGUGAAGGAAAUCCCCAAUCCUGCUAUCAGAACUACAAAGUCAAAGAUGAGGAGGCAAGAAGGCAUUUCUCGAUUUUAUAUCAUCCAAGUGGUCUUUCGAAAUGCCCUAGAGAUCGGAUUCUUAGUGGGACAGUAUUUUCUGUAUGGAUUCAAUGUCCCUUCCAUGUACGAAUGUGACAGAUACCCUUGCAUUAAAGAAGUAGAGUGCUAUGUCUCUAGACCCACUGAGAAGACUGUAUUCUUGGUAUUCAUGUUUGCUGUCAGUGGGAUUUGUGUGGUGCUCAAUUUGGCAGAACUGAACCACCUGGGCUGGAGAAAGAUCAAAAUGGCAGUGAGAGGAGUCCAGGCAAAAAGGAAAUCCAUAUACGAAAUCAGAAAUAAGGACCUGCCAAGAAUGAGCAUGCCUAACUUUGGCAGGACUCAGUCAAGUGACUCAGCUUAUGUGUGAGGCUGUGACAGAACUGAAACACUGUGCCAGGUGGAACAGACCCAGACGCCAUUAGAGAAAGGUACAUUGCUUAGGCAAGCAUUUUAUCAAACCACCAAGAAAGCCAUUAAGGUAUUGGAUCUGCACUUACUGAACUAGCUGCAAAAUGCAGUGCUAUGUAAAAGACUGAAAAAACAGCUAUAAACCCAUGCUUGAUCUAGCCUUACAGCACAGCUACUAUUAUUCCUACUUUUCUUUCUAAUGAUUGGGUGUUAUCUGUCGGUGGAGCGGCUUUUUGGUCAUCAUUAGGAUAAGUUUACAGUUUGGACUGUCUGAUUAAUUGUUGUAAACGUGUAGAAUGUUCGUAUUAAAAAUCUGCAAGGAUACUCUAUAUUGGAGGGGGCGGGAUGGGGGGUGGGAUGGGGGGGCUGAAACUGUUGCAAUAUGCAGAUGUAUGCAUGUUUUAAAAGGAGGGUAAUUGCACUGUAAGGAACCUGACCACAGCUCAAUCAGGAUAUCUGCGUUCACCUAUCUCACAGAUGUCUUAUAUUAUUUUCCCUGUCAAAAUCACUGAGUUUGUUCCUGGUGUGUAAUACUAGCUAUUUUCUAUCAUAGUUUGUGCAUCAAUUAGUUAUGCUAAACAAUAAAUGCUGAAUAUAAUUUUGCCAUUUUUUUUUGUUUGCCUGUCCACACACACACACCAGAGACCUUAAUCAUCUUAUGUUAAUUGUGAUCUGCAAAAUAUAUCAAUAUAUUUCAGUUCAUUCCCUAAUAUGUGCAUGAAAAAGAUGGAGUUGUUUCAUGCCAGCCAAGUUAUGCAUUUAUCUACAAUUACCUAUGAUGACACACAUACCAAAGGAACAGAGUUCAUUGCUUUUAACUGUGAAUAUAUCACCUUCUCUCUGCUCUUAUUUAUAUAAGUGCCAUACUUGAAACAUCUAACUCUGUACUUAGUCAAAAGGUUGUCUUGGGAUACCAGCUGGAAUAAAGUGAUUUUAUACUCUCCCUUGUUUAUUUUAUGCUAUUUGUUUAGUCAUUGCAACAGUGUAAAAAGCAGCUAAAAUCUCUAUUGAUAAAUAAAAUACUUGCCUUUUUUUGUAAGCCAGAGAGAUUCUUCUUUAUUAUUGUAUACAAUUGUAGAAACACACAGGGUCAAAAUAAUUGACUUUUACAACAAUUAUUCUUCAGGGUUUAAAGUGUCUUGCUGAUAUUCUAAACUCUAAGUGACAAAACCUGGGAAAUCAGGACUAUUCGUUAUGUCUGUUUUCCUCCUUAAGCAAGCUUUCUCUGUCUUUAAAGCCUGAUCCAAAGCCCACUGACACCAACAGCCUUCUUUCUGCUGACACUAAGGGUAACACAGUUGGCUGCCAAGGUCACUCUGGGAAUAGCCAGAAUGCAUUUACCUAUAAAUGAAACAAUUGCAACUUUUCAUCAGGGAAUCCAAACAGUAACCUCAGCUUUUCUGCCUUACAGCUGGUUCAAGAAAUACACUGUUUAUGUCCCAUCGACUUACUGGUAAGCCACCGGGGCAGUCACAAAUAAAUCUGUGUUAACAGCAACCAUUUUAAUAUAGGAUACUAAGUUUUUCUUAAGGACCUUAUUUAAUUCCCACUGAAUUCAACAGAAAAUAUCCCACUGGCAACAGUAGGAGUUGGAUCAGGACUAAAAAACCAUACAAGUGCAUUCCUAACUAAAUAUCAUCGGGCCUUUAAAGAAAAGGGCCAAAAUGGUGCUGGGAAAUUUGAGGGUAGUUUAUAACGUAAGAAGGAGAGGGGGGCUCAAAGUCACAAACAGCCUUUUGAUUGUAUUUUAUUUCAAGCCUAAAAAUGGAUUUUAUUGUAUUUUGGCUUGGAGAUAAUGCAUAUAAAUCUUUUCCUCUUGGCUUACAGUAAAUACCUUAACGUUUUAUUCUUGUGGUUUGCCAGCAUUGUCACUUAAAAAAAAUGUCGAUUAAUUCUUAGAUAGUGUAUUCAUUAUCACUUCCAUCUGUGGUCUUUUUUUCUUCCACUGUGAAACAUAAAAAGACUUUGAGAUGUGUCAUGCUUUUAAAGAUUUUAAAAAUAUUUUCCCUUAUGUAUAAAAUGAACAGGUUUUCCAAUUUGAUUGUAGAAAACUAUAAAGAUGGAUUUCUCAAAUGAUUCUUUGCGAUAUAAAUGCACACUGAUAUUGCUAGUUGACUGCAUGCUCACUGGAAAACUGCAUGUUAUUUUUAGAAGGACAACAUGGCAGCUAAAAUCUCCAUCUGCAAUAUAACAAGCUUCUGAAGAUUAUUAUUUGACACAGAAUUCCAAGUCUGAUUUUCAUUUUGCAGAGUCCUGGGAUGGUUUGCAAAAAUCUCCUUUUGAAUAGAUAUUGAAGGGGAAAAUGUUGUUUGACAGUCAUAAGCAUUGCUUUAACGUUGAAGAAAUGGGAGAUUGUGUGCAAAGGGCUUGACCCAGUGCCAGUUAAAGUUGAAGGAAAAAAACUCGUACAGAAUUCGCUGGGCUUUGGUUCAGGUUCAGCAUAAUUUCCUGUUAGGCAGAAGCCCUAAUGCAAGUUAUUUCCACUGGCUGCGUAGCAGUGUUUAGUCAAAAUCUAGUGAAGGUGCAUGUCUUGAUAGUUAUAAGGUUUUAAUACCUUAGAUUUCUUUAGAUAAGACCAGGAAAAUAUU